AUGGGAGAACCUUCUGACCCUUCUUUAUUAGACCGCAUCCGUUCAUGGGCGAGACACCACGCCUCUGACCGCUCCAACCACAACAACAACAUUACGCCACAGCGAAGUGCCAGCCCUAUUCUACCUACCACCACCCGAAAUCUGCCGAACGCGGAGAAGGCUGGACCCUCAUUGACCCCUUCUACCGCUCUCCACCAUGUCAACACAGACACAAGUCACCAUGACAGUAUUACCUUCAACAACACCGCUGACAAGACGUCGCCUGCCCUGCCCGCCCCAGCUCCCCCUCCUGAACAUGUCAAGUCGGAACAUGCAUCACCGAACAAACCCGCCCUAGGAGGCCAAGAUGGCACCGACAAUGUGCCCGCUACCAAACCAUCCAUUAUCAAGAGAGCCAAAGCUGGAACCGUCAGAUUUGGUCUCCAUACAUACGAUGCCCUCACCCACAGUUGGGUCAACGUCCUUCUCAUCUUCGUCCCCGCUGGCAUCAUUGUUAAGGCCCUUGAUAUCAACGCCUCGGUCGUCUUCGCCCUCAAUGCAGUCGCCAUUAUCCCACUGGCUGGCAUGCUGGCCUACGCAACCGAGGUCGUUGCCUCACGCCUCGGCGACACACUGGGUGCUCUGAUGAACGUUUCUUUUGGCAAUGCCGUCGAGCUGAUCAUCUUCAUCAUCGCAUUGGUCAAGGAUGAGAUUCGUAUUGUCCAGGCCUCGCUGGUUGGUUCCAUCCUGUCCAACCUUCUGCUCAUCAUGGGCAUGGCCUUCACACUUGGUGGUCUUAGAUUUCAAGAGCAAAUCUACAAUAGCACCAUCACUCAGAUGAGUGCUUGUCUUCUCAGUUUGAGUGUCGUCAGUCUGGUCCUGCCCACAGCCUUCCAUGCCUCCUUCUCGGAUAGUGCUGCUGCCGAUACCGCAGUUCUGAAGGUUAGCAGAGGCACCAGUGUUAUUCUUCUCAUCAUCUACAUUUUGUAUCUGCUCUUCCAACUGAAGUCGCACGCCUACCUGUACGAAAGUACACCCCAGCAAAUUAUCGAUGAAGAGUCGCAUCCUGGUAUUCUGGCCGACAUGCUAGGUUCAUCUAGUUCAUCCGACAGCUCAGACUCGUCCAGCUCGUCAGAUUCAGAUACUUCGUCACAUACCACUUCGAAGCGUAUCAGACGUGCCUUCAGGAACCGCAGACGCCGCAAGUCGAGUGCCAGUACUGCUACAACUCCUUCCGUCAUUAGUGCUCCUUCUGUGGAGCGUGCUCAUUCACAGCAAUCUGAGAUAGUUCAGCCUCAGCCUCAGCGUCGCCCAUCUGCUCUCGGCGCUAUCAAUAGUGGCGAUGAGGCCGAUACAGAUGGCGAACUCGAGAUGCGUGGCGCUCCCCCUCUCAUCAGAGAUUUUGUCGAUGGACCAGCCGUUGAGGAGCAUCAACAGCAGCUACAGUUCCAGGACACUAAACCAGAUACGCGCAAACAUAAGAAGAAGCACAAAAAGAGACAUCACCACAAGCGCCAUGGCAGCCAUGACGAGAAGCAGUCCAUCGACGAGGCUUCCUCGAUCCGCAAACAGGGCAAGCAACCCGUAAAGGAGGUCGUCCCUAAGCCUUUCGGUAUUCGCCAGCUCUCGUCUCGCCAGGCAUUCCCUCGCCCUACUCUCCCUAAGAUGCUCUCUCAGAACGUAUUCGUUACUCCACCUCCGAUUUCAGGUUCUCCUGUUACUGGCGCACCUAUGGUGCCUCGUACCGGAGUGGGCGCGCUACGUAGAACUAGCUCUUUGCCUGAUCGUCUCAAUCGUCAAAACACUCCCUCGACGCUUCCCCAGGAUAACCUUCCUCCUUACGCACGAACCCCGGGCGCUGACCAGGAAAAUGAAGAGGAGACGGAUGAGGAACACAACCGUAUGUCCCGCACCGCUGCCGUCGUUCUUCUGCUAUUUUCGACCGCUCUCGUUGCCGUCUGUGCCGAGUUCAUGGUCGAUGCUAUUCCAGCUAUGAUCGACGCGACUCCAGUCAGUCAGGCCUUCAUCGGUCUGAUUAUCCUCCCCAUCGUCUCUAACGCUGCCGAGCACGUCACUGCUGUCAGUGUUGCCGCCAAGAACAAGAUGGAUUUGUCCAUUGGUGUCAGUGUUGGUAGCAGUAUUCAGAUCGCCUUGUUCGUCACUCCUCUGGUGGUCAUUCUUGGCUGGAUCAUUGGCCGCGACAUGUCGCUCUACUUUACACUUUUCGAGACUAUCAGUUUGUUCGUCACGGCAUUCGUCGUCAACUUUUUGGUCCUUGACGGUAGAAGUAACUAUCUUGAGGGUGCUCUACUCAUCGCAGCCUACGUAAUUAUCGCCGUCUCGGCAUUCUAUUAUCCUGAUGGUGCCAAUGCUAGCUCUCUUGCCGGAUCGACCUAG